UCCCCAGGUUUGUGGAAGUAAGAAAAAGGAUUCAACUUACGUGACGCAACCACUCAAACUUAAGCCAAACCUUCACUUCUAUGGAUUGACUUGUAGUUGGAGUUCAUUUGUUUAUAUUUAUAUUUCAUGUUGCUUUCUUAAAACAAACAAAACAUAACGAUAAUACCAACACUUGGGACCGCUAAUUUUGGUCAAUAUAUGCAGACACCCCAAUCAUCACCAUGGACGAACCUUUUAUUUCCAGGACUGAGACAGCACUUGGUGUCGGAGGUGAUGACCAACAAGUAGAGUCUUCGAGCACUUCAACGGCCAGAACACCACGAAUGAGAAGCCACCCCUCCGGUUAUCUUGAUGUAGUCAGCUCUGAUGUUAUCCUCCCCAUCAUUGCAACACCAAACUCUACCUCCUACGCCAAUCUCAUCGCGAACCUGAACAAGAACAAGCGAAGGAAGCUCAAGCGCCGCUCCCAUUCAGCUCCCUUGGUGUUCACUGGCACCAAGGAGCUCAUUCAAGACUCCCUGGAUGAUCCAAGGCCUGCCCGUAAAUCAACACCCUUCAUUGUUCGCCAGGCCUUCAUCGGCGUCAUUGUCUAUGUCAUUAUCGGCAUUGUCAUAAUCUUGACAGCCGGGGGUUUCAAGGGGAAAGCCACUUACAAGCCGGUUGAUGCCUUGUACUUCAUUGUGGUCACGCUCUGUACGAUUGGAUAUGGCGACAUUGUUCCUGACACGACGGCUACCAAGCUCUUCACCUGUUUCUUCAUCUUGGUUGGUUUUGGAUUCAUCGACAUUCUGCUGAACGGGUUGGUGGUGUACAUCUGCGACAGGCAAGAAUCGGUGUUGCUGAGCACUAUCGAUGAGACGAAGUUCAACCACAUGAUUCAGACGUACAUGAUCGAUAAAGAGAAAGGAAGAAUGAGAAUAAGGAUCAAGGUAGGGUUGGCAUUGGGAGUGGUUAUUGGUUGUAUAGCUAUAGGGACAAUUGCAGUACAUUUUCUGGAGCAGAUGAGCUGGGUUGAUAGUUUUUACCUCUCUGUUACUUCUGUGACAACGGUAGGUUACGGCGAUUUCGCUUUCCAGACAGUUGGGGGUAGGUGUUUUGCAAUAAUCUGGUUACUGGUUAGCACAUUAGCUGUUGCUAGGGCUUUUCUGUACUUGACUGAGCUUAGAAUCGACAAGCGGAAUCGCCGAAUCGCGAAAUGGGUUCUUCAGAAGGAGAUCACCCUCAGGGACCUAUUGGCAGCAGACCUAGAUAAUGAUGGAUGCAUCAGCAAAUCAGAGUUCGUCAUAUACAAGCUGAAGGAGAUGGGGAGAGUAGCAGAGAGUGACAUCCUGCAGAUAUCCAAGCAAUUUGAUUCUUUGGAACACAACAACAGUGGCAAAAUUACUCUUGUUGAUCUAAUGGGAAGCAACAUGUGAGCGACUCCAAUAAGGUUUCCCUCAAUGGAAAGUCUGAGGCAUCAAACAAAUCUUGCUACAGGAAUUAACAGAAGCAAACUGUGAGAAUUCCGAAUUUUUACGGUACAUGUGUAGAGAACUAGGCACAUGAUUUGAUAAUUUCACUACAGAGCAGAAAACUCAAUUCAAUUCUUUUGUAAAUACUUUAGGUUUCAAAUAAAAAUGGAACUUUGAUGAUCUCAUUUCAUCGUUUCUUUGUCUUCUGGAGUCAAUGUUUCUUAGUUUUCUGGAGUCAUUUGGCAAAUUAUAUCAGUCCCUAUAGUUUUAGUGAAAGGUCUCUUGCAUAGAAAGCCUAUGAGUUCAUCAGAGAGCAUGCAUUGCCCUACACACAUUCAGGUACGGAAAAAUACAGCCUGCUCAUCUACAGGGGAGGGACCGCAACAGUGUUUCAGGACCAAGCAUUUAAAUUUUACGGGAUGCUGGAUGAGGCAAUGAAGUAGCUGUUA